AUGUCGCAGCCGGACCGCGCGUUGCUUGUGCAGCCGGUAUGGGCGCAGCGACUCUUGCAGGGCGAGGUGAAUUGCCUGGUGAAGCCGCAUAGCACCAGCGUCAGAGGCUUGGUGUUCCUUGCCGAGGCACGGACAGGGCGAGUGGUGGGCACAGCGCGCCUGACAUCAGCUCGUCAGUUGACGCCUGAGCAGAUGGCCUCGGAGCCAAUUCGACAAGAGGUCAUGGAAAGUGGUUUCAAGUCAGCCCAUGCAUGGUUUCUCGAAAACGUUAGCGGCCUUGAUGCCACCUGGGUGAUACCUGCGGAAGCCCGGAAAGGAUGUGCUCAAUGGAUACCUCGCCAACGUUGGGAGCCUGCAGCGCCACUGGCUUUGCCGAAUCGAACAGUGCGGCCUGCUGCCAGGGCUUGGCCGAAGCGGCUGCCCAGGAAACGCCCAUGUGGGUGGACAGAACCAGAACUUCGACCUCGCAGGCAUUUCCCCAGGCAACGGUCAAAGCCCAAAAGCAGCAGACAGAGACAAGCUAACCGGUGCCAUGCCAAUGAGCCAGCAGCUACGCUGGAACAGCCCUUGCAACGGAAUGGCUCGGUCAUGCCCUUGUCACACCGUUUGGCUGCUGGCAGGACCAGGGAUCGACAGCUGCACUUGGCACAGAUGCACCUUUUUCAUGAGCCUUGCAGACUGCAUGAGCCCCAGCGGCCGCAAAGCGGUCUCUUUGCAGAACACGAAGGGAAGCCUGUCUACGUGGUAGGCACAUGGCUAGACACCAGAAAGAAAAGACUCAUGACUGAUGUUCUGCCCCUUAGUCAAGGCGAGGAUAGCGCUUCAUACUCAGCUUUCCGGAAGCAAAUUUUCAGCUGUCCGCAGCAGACCCUGCGCAGAGUGGGCCAGGAGGUGUUGGUGCUGGAAAAAAGGAACCUCAGGAAGGAAAGGCUGCUGUUUCGUGUGGAGUCCAGGGUUCAUGCCCCCGCGGAUGCAAGCGAGCAAGUGGACUCUGAAGGUUCACGUCAAGGACACGAGCUGGAGGAGACCGGGCAGUGUGCACCUAUACCUCCCUUGGUGGACCCCUGUCAAGCCUCGGAGUGCGAAGCACAAGAAACGGUGCAUUUUGCAGGUGUGCAGCCUGCCACGCGGGUCAAGCCUUUGCUCGCAAUUCAGCAUGGCCCUUGUGGAAAGCAUGGCCAGAGGAAAGGCAUCGUGGUGCUGCGGAGAAAAUGCCACGCGAGCAGGUACAUUCUAGAUUUGCCGGUGCCCAUAGUUUUGGAUACUCGGCCAUGGCGUUGCCUUGCAUGCGGGCUCUACUUUCCUGUCAAGAUCAAUGAUAUACAGAAUCGUUUUCCGGGCACUUUGGUUGCUAAGUGCGCGAAGCAAGCCCAUGUUUUCUUCACGAAGAGAUUCCUGCAACUUAUCAUUGGCAAAUUCGGGGAGACCUUCAACGCCGCCGCGGUCAAACGGUUCGUAUUAGACCUCUACCUGGCCAAUACCAUCUACAUCAAUCACGCGGAGAGGGCUCUAUGGGCCAUCGAUUCCAUUCCACGCCUGUCCUCCUUGCGCUUCAUGCUGCGGGAAGCCUUGCUAUCUUACUUGCCUGGACUAAUCCGACAUAUUGAAGAACAUGUCCAUGUGUACAGUGGCUCAGCAAUACGGGGAGAUGGUCACUACAAAGUGGCUGCGCGUAUUCGCGUCGCUGACGGAACACCUCCCAGUGUCAUAUAUGCGUGGUGUGGUGUUGAUGGGGCUCUGCUCCGCCCGCCUGCUGCCCUGGCAAGCGAGACAUGGCCUGUCUUGAAGGAGGACCUGGCCAAAUUGAUCCCUGAUUUGGCGCGCAACAGGAAGCGGGCUGGCCUGCCGGGACAGGCGGUAUACCCAGCUUUCCACGCGACAGACACCUAUGGAAAACAUCGACUCAAAUUGCAGUCCUUCUACACCACCUUGGCAGAGCCGCAGCUGUCGGUGUCCGCCAAGACACCCCAGGCAGAGGCGCAGUCAGCAGAGCCAGCAGAGAAGUACUGCCCUACCUUGAUCACAGGUGAUCCUGCACACGAUUGCUUCGCCUUGCGACGUUUGGUGAGUACAAAAUCAACUGACGCCCAUGCUUUCCUGAGCGCUCACCGAGACUUGAUGGAGAGGUUGAGUUUGCCAAGUCCCCCGCAUGCGUCCUAUGCCAGUGACAAAAGCUCCAUGUGCGAAUUGCCGGAGGAAGCCAGGUCAGCAUUGCAGCUCCUCAUUUCAGAUGGUGCGAAGGGUAAGGAGAAAUGCGGGCAGAGCACUCUCCAGCAAGUCCACGCCUUUUUGCAGCAACCUUAUGUCACAGAAGCGACUACGUGGCAGGAACUGUAUGGCCGACAGCUUCCCCGAUGUGUCGUCUCUACCCUGCUGCGGGUCCUCGGCAAACAGGAUGACCUUCAUCCAACCUUACAGAGAUGGAACUACAGAAGUAAGAAAGAAUUUCGUGUUGAGAGCCGACGCAUUUUGCGAUGGUGGUCUCGCUGUGUGCACCACAAGGCUACUUUUAGGAAGCGCAUCCUACGAGAUCGGCAGAAGGCAUUUUGGACGCGCAAAGUAUGCGCUGUCAACACCAAAGUUCGGGGUCACUUCAAGCGCAUGAGGAAACCAUUGCGGGUCGAAGGGUUUUUUGCUUGGAAGCAAGCUGCUGAGGCGACCCGGGCAGCCGCCAUCCCAGUCCAGUCUGGGACAAUUCCAGUUGAGAGGUACUGGGCUUGCCUGUUGACCUAUCUCCCCACAUCGUCCCAGUACAUUUCUUACAAGUGGUACUCAGUGUUAGCUGGCUUGGCCUUUGUGAAGUACAAUUACCAUCACUUUGCAGGUAAAGCGCUGUCAGGGAUAGCGGAGAGAGAUGUAGACGUGCAGAGCAAAAUUGAGACAGCGACGAUGCUUGCCCGAGUCCUGCACAGUGCUGAGGAGAGCCGGUGCAAGCAUUUGAACGCUCUGUUCGAUCCUUUCCGGGACGAUGAGCAUUGCUGA